CGCUGGUCGCGCUCCCGGGAUCAGUAGGAAGUCAGAAGGACUGUGUGUGCAGUAGGUGCGGGUUUGUAGUCGUGCUUAUUAGUUCGUGGUUAGCUAUUCGUCUUUUUGUGUGACUGCGUGGAGCAUCAUCCAGAUUUUCCAAUUUGAAGACAACUGAUGUAAUGUGCAAUAACAGAAAUGCCUUAUGUGGAUCGGCAGAAUCGCAUCUGUGGUUUUUUAGACAUUGAGGAAAAUGAGAAUAGUGGAAAGUUUCUACGUCGGUAUUUUAUCCUGGAUACUCAGGACGGAAGCUUGGUCUGGUACAUGGAUAAUCCCCAGAAUUUGCCAUCUGGGACGCAAUUUGUUGGUGCCCUCAAACUAACUUAUAUUUCAAAGGUCAGUGAUGCAACAAAGCAAAGACCAAAGGCUGAGUUCUGCUUUGUUAUCAAUGCUGGAAUGAGAAAAUAUUUCUUGCAAGCCAAUGAUCAGCAGGAUUUGGUUGAUUGGGUAAAUGUCCUAAACAAUGCUACCAAAAUUACAGUGCCAAAAUCAUGUGAUGUGCAGAAUAAUUCUGAGAACCAAAAGAGUUCCUUGGAUUGUGUUGGAGCAAAGAAACAAGUGUCUUAUAAAACAGAAAUUAUUGGAGGUGUUCCCAUUAUUACGCAAACACAGCAGGAGGGAGAAUGCUUGGAUGGUGCAGACAGGGGCAGUGGUUUGAAGCGAUCUCAGAAUCAGAUACCGUAUUUCAUAAGCAAGCCUGCACAAGAUCAAGCCACAAUUAAAGCUGGGUACUGUGUGAAGCAGGGUGCUGUGAUGAAAAACUGGAAACGAAGAUACUUCCUUUUAGAUGAAAAUUCAGUUAGUUACUUCAAGUCAGAUACGGACAAAGAACCUCUACGAAUAAUUCCACUCAAGGAGGUACAUAAGGUUCAGGAAUGCAAACAAAGUGAUAUCAUGCUAAGAGACAAUCUGUUUGAAGUAGUUACCACGACUAGAACAUUUUUUAUACAAGCUGACAGCCCUGAGGACAUGCACAGUUGGAUUAAAGCAAUUUCAGGGGCUAUUGUAGCCCAGCGGGGUCCAGGCAGAUCAGCAGCUUCUAUGCGGCAGGCCAGGCGGCUGUCGAAUCCAUGUAUACAGAGGUAUACACCCCGAAAUGGUGAAUGCAGCACGAGCAUGAUGAACAUUCCUCCUCUUCCUCCUCCAUCAUCUGCGAUCAUGGCAUCACCAUCCCUCAAUUCCCUUACUCCGGUGCAGCAGUCCAUGCCCCAUCAUCUGUUCCGAAGUACCUCAGCCCUUAACCCACAAACAUUUACUUCAAACAGCGUGGCUUGGAAAAAUGAAGACUUCACAAACCUUCUUCCGAGACCCACCACCUGGGCAUCUUGCAGAUCUCGACUCUCUCUACAAGAGACACAGUUUCCAAAGUGAAUGAUGGUCCUUCAGUAAAGUUAUUUGGGUUUUAGGAGCAAUGGAAUUACUCCAGAAGGGCAGUCUGAGCUCAGUGGCAAGCAUUAUGCCAGAGUUUGUUGUCUUCAGCAUAGUGCUGUACUUACUUAUAUUCUACGUGUAAAAAGGGUCAUCUUAGAAUUAAAGUACAGUGGAACCUCUAGAUACGAGUUUAAUUCGUUCCAGCACUGAGCUUGUAUAGCGAAUUUCUCGUAUCUAGAACAAACGUCCCCAUUGAAAAUAAUGGAAAUCCAGUUAAUCCGUUCCGCAUCCCAAAUAUAUUAACAUAAAAAUCAAUUUUCCUAACAAAUAACACUGAUAAAUUAUAUAUACUGUAGUCUACCUUUAAUAAAUAACACUGGUAAAUAAUAUAACGGAUUAUUAAAAGAAUCAAAACAGGUGUCCAAAGUGCAGUAGAGCAUUCAAUAAAUCUUUAAAUAAAUAAUCCUUAAAACAGUUGUGAAGUGAAGGUUUAAAGUACAUAAGAAUAACAAUCCUUUAACACGAGGUUAAAACGUCAACAGGAAGCAGUCUUCAAAAAAACAGAUGACAAUCCCCGGUGCUGCUUCUCUGUUAGCGUCUCACCUGCUUCUCUCAUGCGGGCUCUGCAAUAGGCGAGACACUUAAUGCAGCUGACCUUCUCUACACCGUCGUGCUUCAGCUGUUUGGCUCGCCUGUUCAGCUACACGCGAGCCAGCACUCGCUCGCUCUCUCGCACCGACUUCCUACUGCUGCAGAUUCCUGCCUCGUCCUGCAACCUCCGUUCUCCCUCCUCUCUUUUCUUUUACUUCUUCUCCCCCUUAACCGGCUCGCGCUUCUCUAUAUAUGUGGGGAAGACAUGGCAGCUGCUAGGGUUACCACUUUUAAUACAAAAAAAUAAGGGACGCAUACGUAUUGAUUCAAAACGGGACGCGCAAUUUCAUUCUCAAAUACGGGACGAUUCCGUAUUUUAAAGGACGGGUGGCAACCCUGCCCAGCCCAUCAGCCACAGGAACAAUCAUGGAUGUGGGCAGUUUCCCACCUGUGCACUUAGGUGAGAAACGCAGACACCGCAGAUCGCCCUGCGGCUCGCUACAGCUACCACGCCCCCCUCGCUAAGCCGCGAGCUAUACCCACAGCCUGGCUCGUGGCUCGUUACGUGAGCCAAUGCUCGUAUUUAGAUCUGAAUUUUUCGCUCAUACUUUCCUCGUAUUUUGAAUUUCUCGUAUACAGAGGCGAUCGUAUCUUGAGGUUCCACUGUAAUUUCUAUUUUUUUUUGUAUGUUUCUCUUCCCUUGUACAUCUGUAAGGUCUGGUUCAAUGGUGAAACAUUACAGGAUUUGUUUCUUUAAAAGAAAUGUGUUUUAAAAUUUAUAUCCUGUGGUUUUAUUUAUUAGAUUUUUUUUUAUGUGAAGUAGUUAUGUAGUUCUUAAACAUAUUUUCUAAUGUUGUAUCAAGUUUACACUGUGUUAGCUCACAGAGGUGCCCAUCAAAGGUAGUGUCUCAGAAUCCUUGCAGAUUUUUUUUUUUUCUUGGUCACUAAAAUGCUGCAAUCUGUAACUUCUUGGCAGUACUGAAGUGUUCCUUUUUGUUCCAGAAAAAGCAGCCCCUUGUGGAGACAUUAAAUUUUAUUAUUUGGUCAUUUUUUUAAUCUUUUAAUUUAAUAGGAAUUUGCUAGUUGCUUUUAUUUUCCACAAAUCUCAGGAUUUUAAAACUCCUCUGAAAAUGGACUCCAAAUGUUGAGCACUCAGGAUAAAAGCGUUAAAACUUAUGGCUUUUAAUUAAAUUUGUUAAACACUUGAAAUUAUCAGUUACAGAGUGCAUGGUUGCCAGUUUUUGUUGAGUGUUCAAUACUGAAGCUGUUAAUUGUUCUUUUAUUGUGCAUAUGAACAUGCAGUAUGACCAGCUUUAACAUCUACUGAACCUUUCAAAUUUUAAUAUUGUUGAAAUUAUUUUGUUGUUUGUAACUUUGGUACUCAUUUUAGCUGUUUACCAAAAUUGAAGAAAUUCAAAUUGCCUGGUUUUGACAAAAAAGCAAGGGCCUUUAAAGUACAGGCUAAAUCUGACAUUUCUGCACAAUUCAAAUUUAUCUGCACAUAUUUCUAGAGAAGAGGUUUAAAUGGUAAGCACACCAUCACCCUAAAAGAAAAUUUAUGGGUUCAGAAGAUUGCUGGAUAGAGAGGAAAAUAUAUGAAAGAGUGUCUGUUAAUGUAUUUUUAAGGAAAUGUGCCUCUGACCACUAAUUAAACACUGUACAAAGCAUAGUCUUUCUUGAUUAAACAAUUUUGUAUAGUAAUUGUAGUAAAUUUGCUGAUACCACUGAGGGAAAUCUUAACAACCUUUAGCCCUUGAUUUUUUUUUAAGUUUCCAUAAUGAUUUAGAUUGCCUUUGUUGUAAAUUUGUGUUAUUAAGAAGCAGAGAUGAUUUCCUCACACUACAUUUCUCUAGAUUUCUGUGAAGUGCACCAGCAUCACCUUUUUAUUUGCUAUUUUACUUAUAUUAAUUGAAAAGUGGAAUCUGUAAGUGUAUAUGUUGCAAAAGUAAAGAAAGUUGGAUUGAAUAAAUUCUGGAAUAUUGUUUGUAAAAUACACAAUUUAAAAUUGUUUCUGCAGAAAGAAACGAGCAGUAACUAAUUAUAAAUUUUAGUAAUUUAGAAUUAGAUUUGCUUUUGAAGCAGUUGUUAAUAGUGACUGCUUAGUUUUAGAUGCCAUAAAAUGCUUAUAAUACUAAAGUAAAGGCAGACUCAUUUUUUUCAGACCUGGAAUUCCCUUAUUUGGGACUUUCAAAAAUAAUUUUAGACAUUUGUUUUAUUUUUAUAAUUACUAAUAUUUUCAUAAUCAGCAUUAUUUAUGGUUUAUGCUGCGUUCAGGACAGAUUCAUAUUUUACCAUGUUUGUUUAGAAGACAUCUAACUAGUUAAAUGUCGUUACGACUUAAUUCCUUAUUUUUAAUUCUUUUUUUUUCAACUCACAAAAGGACAUUUUCAAAUUUGAAAAGAAAGUAACUUUUCUUUGUCAUCCCUCUGUUGCACAUUUUAAAAAGCCAUUAAUCUGGUCUGUGGGUUUAUGUCACAAUAUUUUGUGCUUAGAAAAUGACACCCUAAUAAAUAUUUACUAUUUUUAAACUUUCUCAAUUUUAGAGUUGUGUUUCAAUGUAAGCCUGCUGUGUUAACUGUAGAAGUCUCAUUUCUCACUGCAUUGUUACAUAAUUACAGUUUUAUUAAAUACAUCUGAAAAAACAUGUUUCAAGAAUGCAGUUUUGUGCCUGUUUUGAUGGUUUCUAUAUAAAUUCCUUUUUGUAAAUCUGGAAUUUUGGUCUGUUAUUGUAUUGCACAAAAUGCAUUGUAUGGGUAAAAAGUGCCUGCCUAUAAAAACAAGCUUUUAUUACUAAAAAAUAUUGUAAUAAUAAAUGUCCACCUGCCAUUUAAAAAUUUUUAGUAUUUCAUAUAUUUCAUAUUGAAUUAGUUAUUGUGCAAAUGCAAUGCAAUGUAUUUUGCUACACAGUAGAGGAAAUUGAAAAAAUGUACUUAAUCUGUCAAUAUUGGAGUUGCCAGUAUGUGUCUGUGUGUGUGUAUAUGUGUGUAUUAUAACACACAGUGUAUUUCUGCUUUUAAUUUGCUUGUGCGUUGUUUAAUUUACUGUCCUAAAUGAUAACUUCAGUUUAUUGCAUAAAACAAAGAACAUUCAUUACAGAUUAGUUUAAAGCUGCCUUGGUUACUCAGUUUAUCAGCAGUUCAGUUUUACUUUGUAUUCUUUUUUUUUUAAUAAUUGAAUGCCAAUGUCAAAAGAGUGCACUAUGCUUCCUUGUAUUUUCAAAACCAAAUUCAAUAAAAAUGAUCAUGGUUUAA